UUAUACCCUAAGAAUUAGAGAAGUAAAGCACACCAGCAAUUUUCAGCAAUGUAGUUGAUUGUUUUUCACUUUGCAGACCAAGUCUCCCUGGACUCGAAAAGGAUGGGAGUCCUGAUCCGGUAAUAAUCUUGACACCUGCAGGUGACCAAUUCACAUUCUUCCUCAUAUAUUCAAUGAACCUGCAGUCUGCAUGUAGUGUCUAUUUAAAGAACUCCUAAAUAACUUUAGCUAUCUAUAAACAUGCAGAAACAUAUGAGUUUAAUUGUUCUUGCUUUCGUAGUUAGUGUUGUGGCAAGUUCAGAAUUUGGGAACAGAAGCAUAGCUGGAGCCAUUUCUGGUACAAGUUGCGUUGAGAGUGAGAAACAAGCUUUGCUUCAGUUGAAGACAGGUCUUUUCGACGAGUUCAGUUACUAAUCAUCGUGGGUCGGAGAUGAUUGUUGUUCAUGGCAUGGAGUACGUUGUGGAAGCACGAGCACAAGGCAUGUCAUCGAACUUGAUCUUCAAAAUUGCUCGUUAAAGGGUGAUCAAAUAUUUAACUCCUCUUUGCUUGAUUUGAAAUAUUUGACUUACCUUGACUUGAGUUCCAAUAGUUUUAAUGGGAUCCAAAUUCCAGAAUUUUUUGGGUCAUUUAAAAAUCUAAUGUAUCUCAACCUUUCUCACUCCAAUUUUAAAGGUUUAGUUCCUCGUCAUCUUGGAAACCUUACAAGCUUGCGGUACCUUGAUUUAAGAGAUAAUUAUACUUAUAGUCUUGAUUUAGAUUAUAAUUUUUACAAUUAUAAUCAUCUAUUAAGAAUUGAUAGCUUGGGAUGGUUAUCUGGACUUUCUGUGUUGGAACACUUGGAUCUCUCCGGUGUUAAUCUUUUUGAGGCCAUUGAUUGGUUUCCGGCUAUUAACAUGCUCCCUGAUUCUCUUGUUUCACUCAAGUUGAAGAACUGUCACCUAACCAACAAUUUCCCUCACCAUCUUUCCAACAUAAAUCUAACAUCUCUUAUGUUACUUGAUCUUGGUAUCAACUCACUCAAUUCUGCUUUUCCGUCAUGGAUUUUUAACAGUAGUGGUCUUGUACAUCUAGAUCUCGGGUCCAACAAUUUUAGUGGCCAAAUUCCUGAAUCUAUUGGAAAUAUGAUUGCCCUUUCUGAACUCCAUCUACAUAGCAACAAUUUCCAAGGUUUGAUCCCUGAGUGUCUAGGGGAUUUGACGGCUCUUUUGAAACUUGAUCUUUCGUUCAAUAGUUUUGAAGGUUUUAUUCCUCGGUCCUUUAGAAAUUUGACAUCACUUUCUACACUUAAACUUGGGAGAAAUAAUUUGAAUGAUUCAAUUCCACUUGAGAUGGGAAAUCUCACUGAACUUACAUAUCUCGACAUGAAGUUUAAUGAACUAAGGGGCAGUCUACCAGAAACAUUUUGCCGACUAUCAAAGUUAGAAAUGUUAUUAUUACAUAAUAAUCAACUGAGUGGAAGCAUUCCCAAAUGCGUUGGAGAAUUGUCAAAUUUAGUAAUCCUAAACCUUUAUUCCAACUCAUGGGAUGGAUUUGUAUCAGAGUAUCACUUUGUUAACCUCACAAAGUUGACUGGCUUUGCUAUUUCUUCAAAGUCUGACUUAGAGUUGAAGGUUAGUUGUAAUUGGGCUCCUCCAUUUCAGCUCGAAUAUAUAUAUCUCAAGGACUUGAAAGUAGGACCUGGAUUUCCCAAGUGGCUCCUAACACAGAGACAUGUUAAGUUUAUUAGGAUGACGAAUACGAGCAUAUCAGACAGCAUCCCAGCUGACUGGUUCGUCAGUAUACUCUUAUCGCAGGCCUCUGCUAUUGAUCUGUCCCACAAUGACCUCUACGGAGAACUUUCAUUGAUUGCAGCAGCACCAAAUGGUUUGGAGGCAUUCUCCCUCUCAAAUAACCGUUUCUCUGGUGAAUUUCCUGCGUUUGUUUGCAAUCUAACGUCCUUACAGUUUUUAUUUCUCGCCAAUAAUAGAUUUUCAGGAGAGGUCCCACCGUGCUUAGGAAAUUUAUUAGAACUGAGGGAUCUUGAUGUGAUGAAUAACAAUCUCUCUGGUACUAUUCCCCUCUCUUUGGGUUCUCUAGCAAAUCUCACUUAUCUAAACUUGUACAACAACAAUUUUGGAGGAAAACUCCCUCUGUCUUUCAAAAGUCUGAUAAAGUUGGUCGUACUUGAUGUGGGAAAAAAUAAUUUGACUGAUAUUCUCCCCCCUUGGACCGGAGAGCAAUUGCCUUCUCUUAGGUAUUUCAUACUCCGUUCCAACAAUUUCUAUGGUGAAAUCCCCCCGCAACUUUGCCAGCACUCAUCACUUCAAGUUCUGAACUUGGCAGAAAAUCAAAUUAUGGGAAACAUUCCUCAUUGUUUUGGAAAUUUUAGUGCCAUGAUUUCAAGUGACAAUAGUGAACCAUAUGAAGGAUUCAGUGGUGGUGGAUGUGGGGAAAUGAUAGUUAGCGACGCGAAAGGGCAUGAGCUAAUAUACACCUCAACACUAGAGUUUAUGUUCUCCAUUGAUUUAUCGAACAAUAACAUUAAUGGAGAAAUUCCUGAAGAAUUGAUGUAUCUUCAAGGUUUAUUGAAUUUGAAUUUGGCGGGUAAUCAUCUAACUGGAAGGAUUCCUCUUAUGAUCGGGAAGCUUGGGAAACUGGAAUAUCUUGAUCUCUCUGGUAAUGAACUUUAUGGUCCCAUUCCACAAAGUCUGUCGGAUUUAUACUUUCUGAGCCACCUGAACCUCUCCUUCAAUAAUUUAUCAGGAAAAAUACCCACUGGGCACCAACUCCAGAGCCUCGACGAUCCUUCCAUCUAUGCUGGCAACACUCAUCUCUGUGGUCAACCUAUCCUGCAACCCUGCUUCCCUGACACAGAAUCAGAUGACAUUCCUGAAUCCUGACCUUUCUUCUGAAUGUGAUUCAGAUAAUGAGCGCAUGUGGUUUUAUGCUGGAAUAGGACCUGGUCUCUUGGUUGGUUUUUUGGGAUUUUGCAUGGCUUUGCUCUUUAUCAGCUCUUGGAGGAAUGCUUAAUUCAACUUUGUUGAACAAGCCUUUUAUAAAAUUGAGGUUUUCAUUGCCUAAUCAAAGGAGAAAAAUCCAUAACAGGUGAUAUCCAAAUCUCUCUCACAUAGUCACACACACAGAAUAAAAACAUAUUUAUCUCUAGAUGUCACAUUGGUCUGGUUAAUACUUAUUCUCUUCAACUUAAGCAAGAACAGCUCUGCCAGUUUAUUAAAAUCACAAAACCAAUAUACUAUGUACUAACUUUAUUUGUUUAACUUCUUCAAUGUCUUCAGCUAGGUGCUUGAUCAAGCGAUUGUUUUGGAAGAUGGCGAUUGUGUAAUUUAUUGACAUUAUGAAGUAUUUACAGUUGUAUUUGAUAGUAUUUUUCAGUUAGUGUAAUUGCAUGCUUUCAAUAUUUUCAAUGGAGUUGAUGAAAAGACCAGUCUUUUGUUUAUGGUUUAGGUACGAUCAUAACUGAGUCAUAAAUUGCAGCCCCUCAGCUGAGAUUUAGCACAA